AUUGCCCCUUACAGUGGAAGAGAUCUUAAAUUUUGGGGAAAGCAACAGAGAGCUGUUCAUUAAAUCCAGCACCUACAGUAUCAUUCCCAUCACCGUUACAGAGAUGGGGCUAACAAUUAGCUGGAUCUUUUCUUCAGACCCUAAAAGCAUAUCCUUCAGCGUUGUCUACCAGGAAUCAGAAGACACGCCGCUGGAGCAGUGCAAAGUUCUUAUUCCUAUGACCCGCUGCAACUCUCAUAAGGAAACUAUCAGAGGACAGGUGAAAGUCAGAAACUCUGGAAUCUACACACUGAUAUUUGACAACACGUUCUCUAGGUUUAUCUCAAAAAGGGUGUUUUAUCACUUGGCUGUCGAGCGACCCAUCAUCUAUGAUGGAAGCGAUUUCCCAUAGCCUUGAAUAUACUGUGUUAUUUUUAAUUACAUUUUUAAGAAAUGCUAUUAUUUAUGUACAUGUAAACAUUAUGAUUACCACUGUGUUUGAAGACUUUGAAACUAUGCAAUAGUUAUAAUGCACUUAGAGAACAUGUAUACACUAAAAAACAAGCCUUUUUAGGAACACUAAUGGUUCUGUACUGUGUACAGAUUGCUGCAAAGCCAUGUUGUUUGAUUUAACAGGUCAAUAAUAACCAAAUUUUUUUCAGUGGGGAGAAAAAUAAGUGUGGGGGUGUCUAAAUGCAAACUGAAAUUCUCUACUGAAAAUUGAAUUACUUUUCUUCCAAAAAUAUCCUUCAAAAGGAAAUUUAAAGAAAAAUGAGUAUUUUUGUUGAC